AUGAGUGAAGCAGCACAUGUUCUUAUCACUGGCGCAGCAGGCCAAAUCGGCUACAUCCUUUCUCACUGGAUUGCCAGCGGUGAACUCUAUGGCGAUCGCCAAGUUUACUUACAUCUUUUAGAUAUUCCACCAGCAAUGAACAGACUUACAGCACUUACAAUGGAACUCGAAGAUUGUGCAUUCCCACAUCUUGCUGGUUUCGUUGCUACAACAGAUCCAAAAGCCGCUUUCAAGGACAUUGAUUGCGCUUUCUUAGUUGCUUCAAUGCCACUCAAGCCAGGUCAAGUUCGCGCUGACCUCAUCAGCUCAAACAGUGUUAUCUUCAAGAACACUGGUGAAUACCUCUCAAAGUGGGCUAAGCCAUCAGUCAAAGUUCUCGUUAUCGGUAACCCAGAUAACACUAACUGCGAAAUCGCAAUGCUCCAUGCUAAGAAUCUCAAGCCAGAAAACUUCUCAUCUCUCAGCAUGCUCGACCAAAACCGUGCUUACUACGAAGUUGCCUCAAAGCUCGGCGUUGAUGUCAAGGAUGUUCAUGAUAUCAUCGUUUGGGGUAACCAUGGCGAGUCAAUGGUUGCAGAUCUUACACAAGCUACAUUCACAAAGGAAGGAAAGACACAAAAGGUUGUCGAUGUCCUCGACCAUGACUACGUCUUCGAUACAUUCUUCAAGAAGAUCGGACACCGUGCUUGGGAUAUUCUUGAGCACCGUGGCUUCACAAGUGCAGCUUCCCCAACAAAGGCUGCUAUCCAGCACAUGAAGGCUUGGCUCUUCGGAACAGCCCCAGGAGAAGUUCUCUCAAUGGGUAUCCCAGUUCCAGAAGGAAAUCCAUACGGAAUCAAGCCAGGAGUUGUCUUCUCAUUCCCAUGCAAUGUUGACAAGGAAGGAAAGAUCCAUGUUGUUGAAGGCUUCAAAGUCAACGAUUGGCUCCGUGAGAAGCUCGAUUUCACUGAGAAGGAUCUCUUCCACGAAAAGGAGAUCGCUCUCAACCACCUUGCUCAAUAA